AUGCAGCCAUAUCCACAGCCCAAUGGACCAUCCAAUAACGACAGGAAUGAGGGCCGGGGGCCGCUGAGUAGAACAUGGCCACAGCUGUUCAAGAAGAGGAGGAGAUAUAGUCCGGUUAGAGAGAGCGCCCAGCAGCAGCAGCAACAACAGCAACAGGUGCAACACCUACAACAGAUGCAGACACAACCACCGCAAAUACAACCACAACAGCAGCCAGUGCAGUUGCCGAUACAUCCUAUCCGCCCCUUGAAAUCACCAUCAGUAGCAACACAAUCAAUCACAUCACCAACAGUAUCUUCGAUAAGGUCUCCAUCAAUAGCGACAGACAAUGCGAGUACGAUUUCCUCAAUAUCACAUGCAUCAUCAGCACCACCACCAAACAAGGUCGCCAUCGCGAGAAGAAGCAGCAGCAUCAUUCCGGCCGACAGCAAUGGAGCCGGAGGUGUAACAACCCCCCAGGCAGACCUUCUAGCCUCAAAAUCAAACUACGAGCUUAUCUCUUCUGGCCAACACCUAGAGAUGGGUCUGCACUUUAGCACCGCCAUGGCCACAGGCGUAAUGAUGAAGCGCGCCACCCACCGCGCUGCAGAACAAGCGCGCCGUGACAGGAUGAAGAACGCCAUGGUGGACCUUGCGGAAUUUCUCCUCGAUGGUGAAGUUACUUUUGGCAGUGGCACUACGUGUUUUGUUGUCAUGCGAGGGAAAGAUGGUGGAGACGAUAACGAAAAAACCUCGACAGACGAUGCCAGUAAUGGGAAAAGUGGGAAAGGUGUGCCACCUGGGGAUCCUGUGCCGGGAGAGAAGAAGACGGUCAACAAAGCGAGGUUGAUUGAAAUGGCGCUCGAGAAGAUGAAGGCACAGGAAAAAGAGAUUGAGAUGUUGAGGAAGGAGAUCGAGGAUCUGAGGACAGAAGACAAGAUGGAUGUGUCGUAG